UCACGGCGGAGACUCGACCUGACUGUCGAGUGCAUCUAUCACGCAUCCAUCGGGGACGAAUGCCCGCUUACUGCCUUUCUCCAUUCCCGUCAUCAUCCUCCCUGCCGUCCUCGCGGACGGCCUGCUUUCGUUUAUGGCAUGCACUCCGACACCGACGCAGACGCUCUUUGACGUCGUGACGACCUCCACGGUCUCGACGUCCACUUCGGAAAUUGUCACUACGAUCCCGGCCGAGAUCAGCACCUUCCUGAGCACAUUUUGCGAGAGCUCGACGGUGGAUGCGAAUGGGACCGCGAGCUGCGUUCUGACACAGUCUCAGGAAGUUUUCACCACCAUACAAAGUGAGCUGAUUCCUUUUCUCGGCGCAAAAAUGCGACUUGGUGCGGCGAUCGAGUCUCAACGCUGUGCGCACCCAACGAGCAGCUAUCGCCUGCGGUGGACCUUACGGUACGCAGAUGCCUACCUUGGCACAAUGGGAACGUUCAGGGAUACUCGAGACUUCUCUGUCGUUGGAAUCUUUCGCCAAAUGCACGUACUAAUCACGGUGCUGUCCUGUAGGCCAAGAGGUCACUACCAUCGAGUCGCAAUUCGUAGUUCAAGUUCCUGUAACGACAUCCACGCCCACUGCCACGUUCUUUUCCACCUGUCCAUCCAGUGGCGGCGGCACGAGUAAUGGCGGGACAAGCAAUGGGGGCACAAGUAACGGCGCGACAUCACUCCCUCCUUUCGCCGGGGGGACUACUCUGCCCCCCAACACAUCUGUCGUCACGUCGUCGGCGACUUCCACGCUCCCUGAUGGUUCCGUGGUCGUAUCACUCGUUCCCACCACCAUUACGGAGCCCCCAAAUCCCUCGCUCAUCCCAACAGAUUUAGGAGGAGGCAGUGGUGAUCAUGGCAGUAGCAUCCGAGGGGACGUGGGUACCAUAAUAGGAGGCACCCUGGGAGGCUUCUUAGGCCUGAUGUUGAUAGUCUUGCUUGGCUGGUCCAUGUGGCGCAAGCGCGAUGCUAUCCGCGCAUUGCACCUCCGGGAUCAAAUGUGGAACAACGAGCAACCUUCCGUGUACCCUAGGCGUCGCUCGAAAAUUGAAUCCUCCAUCUUCGACGCCGAGGAACCGAAGCCGUAUCAGUACGGUCUCGUAGGGCGGCGAGAGCUGUCCCCGUCGCGAGGUUCCUCUCCCAAUCCAUCCCCGGUUCCUACUCGUCCCCAGUCGCUAGUCUACACGGGUCUGUCGCCAGGGCCCCAUUCGGCCGGGUUCCCUCCCCACUCCGCAGGUCUGACAUCUGGCCCAUACACUCCCACCUUCCCCCACUCGCAACCCCCCACUCCGAACGCCCUGCAGACGGCGACUCCCUACUUAUCCGGGAGACCUAUCACCCCCACAUCGCCUUUGCCACCAUCACACUUUUCGUCGCCGCCGCCGCCACCAUCGCCUCCGCCACCCCCGCGCCUACAAGCUCCCGGUCAUCGUCCGUCAGGGUCUGUCGCGUCCGUCGGUACAGCGGUCAGUUACCCAUACCAGGUCCCUGUCCCGCGUGUCGGCCGCGACUCGCAAGAUGAGGAUGCAGAGGCGGAUCCAAGUAGUCGGAGCCCGAAGCGCAUGUCGCUCACGCUUGCUAAUUGGAAUCCAGACACAGAUGGAGAACUGUUCCCUCGCGCGAGCCAGGAGAGCGAGCGGCCGGGGAGCGUCCGGUAGCGGCGUACGUAACCAUGAGCCGUGCCAUUGCUUAGCCAGUGUUACGUCCUCAUCGCCGCCUUCGUCGCCUCUUGCAACGUAGUUUUCGCGCCGUAAGCCUGUUUGAAGCGCUCCCACGCAGUUUGGACUGGGAACGGGCUGUGGCGGUACUCCAACGGCGCUCGGGUAUUUGGUGCAGUCUUCCCGUCGCGAUUCCCGGGUUCUCAUUCAUGGCAGUGUAUGCGCUGCUGGAUAAUUCUGUCGUGUAUCUCCCUUAUUUCUCCUCGACUGAACUAGUCGUCUGGUGUCUUGUUCGUGGUGGCUAUCUGAAGUGGUGCGUCCGCAUCAGCAUGUUAUACUUCCUGCACCGCGUGAAACGUCAGAUUUCGGAGGGAGGAGAACACGGCGGCAAUGAGCAGAUUCCCACCACGUUCUCCCCACAUUCCCGCCACAUUCUCCGAGAAAGGAGAAUGCGUGUUCAUCCUCUCACAGAGCUACGCAUUCUCCACACAUUCCCUUCUAUAUUCGCCACACAUUCUCUAGCGUAGACAAUUUAGGACAGAUCCGGAUACCACGAAGCUUGGAUUACC